AUGAGAAUCCUAUUCACAAUAGGGGAUUGUUCGCUCAUCGUCCGUCACCUCAUAUUUUUGAAUAUCUUGAAUCUUACUGCUAACUUUUCCUAUUUCUAUGAAAGCAGAGUGUAUUGGCAUAAUCAGAUAUUCUUCAGUGAAUUCAGUGAUGAUCCAGUUAAAUUUGAUACUGACGGUCACAAACAGAGUAAGGUCAAGACAAGAUAUGCUGCACUCUGACUAGUCAUGCUGCAUUCUGACUCAUGGUCUCGUUGACUUGAUGGGCGCUUUUGUAGUUAGAAUUUGUUUCUCUUUGUUAUGUGUCUUUGAUUAUACUGGAGAUGAUGCUGUGACAUUGCCACUUAAUCGUGCUGUGACAAUGCCUACACUGAAUUUUUAUACUUAUCCUCGGAAUUGAGUGCAUUUGUUGACGUGGGUAUUACUUUUUGUGGCCGACUGACCUCAUCAGCACUCACGAAAGUGAUGUCUCCUUUUUUUCAACAGGAUAGUUUAGAUGUUAUUCAUCCCGAGACUGAACUUUCCCUGUUAGCUAAUCUGCUUUCCUUUCUUUAAAACAUCCGAGUUCGUUCAGAUUCUUUAGUAUGUAGGCUACUCAGCACAAAUACUUUCCUGCUAUAGAUGGUGUGCUUUGGAUAAAACUCUUUGGCAAUGUGUGAUGUUAUAAUUCCUGCUUCAGUUUGAUGAUACAAGGGUAGUCAACUGUCCUGAAAUUAAUGUGGUUGUACUUUGUCUGAUUCGCCACUUAUCCAAUGAUUGUAUUCCAUUUAUGGGGCCAGCCUAGAAUGUGCAGUACUUUUAUACUAAUGUGAAAAUUCCUUAUGCUAGUUUAGUUUUGAGAUUGUACCUUAUUCUUGGGUUCUGAUAAAUGACUCUCUUCUCAAGUCGAAUGUGAUUUUAUGGCUUCUAUGUUUUUGUAACUUUCAGCCUGAUUUUGUUCCAGGUGGCGAUUUUGUGCUUAGGUUUUUACAUGUAAUUUCUAUCUUGUUACGUUAAUUUCUCUUUUAUUAUUGGAUGGUUAUAACAAAUAGGAAUGUUUUUCAGAGAACACCAUUAUUUUCCUGCAUCUUCCUCAGCCGCCAAUUCAUCUAACCAAUAUUCGUAUAUGGAUGACAACAUUCCUGAGGAUUCACUGGUUUUAUCUGAGAACUUGAUGUUGCUUGGUUAUCGUUCGAUUUCUAGUGAUGAUAAUGGUAGAAAGCCUAAUAUCUCCAAUGAGGACGAAGCUAUUGUAGAUGUUGGGGAGGCUCCCAACCAUGAAGAUAUUGAACAUAGAAUGGAUUUGACGGAUGAUCUGUUGCACAUGGUACUUACGCACGUUUUAUCAGAUGUUUGUGUUUUUUAUUCUUUCAUAUCAGAAAUGCUGCUGACAAAAAAAAUUCUUGUAGGUUUUUUCUUUCUUGGGUCAUAAAGAUCUUUGUAAAGCAGGAGCUACCUGUAAACAAUGGCACAUAGCUAGUGCCCUUGAAGAUUUCUGGAAGUGUUUAAACUUUGAAGAGUUAAACAUCUCACCUGAGAAUUGUAUGUCUUUUUUGGUCAACUCUGCUUGUAAAUUGUUGAGAUUUUAAUGUAUGAUUCUCUCAUUCCAUCACUCAAAGUGCAUUUUAAGAUGAAGCGUAUAGAAUCCAGCCCUUGUGACGUCUUUACUUUUUUGAAACAAAUCUUCGUGAACUUAUGAAGAGGGUUGAUGACAUCUAGGUGAUAUCUUAUAUUCUUGUUCUCCAUAGUUUGUUUCAUGCUAACGUUUAAGAAUAUCCCUGAAAAUGCUAAUCGCCCAGAAAACUAGUGUGUUAACUGUCAUAUUGAAAGUACACUGAUAAUCUUCACUUUAUGAAGAUUGAUGGAUCAUGCUGAAGUGAAAUUUAUUAUAAUGUAUUUUUUUACUUGAUAUGUUUGGUUAUUUUGAUUAAAUUUAGUUUGUUUGGUUUUGCGUUGUUCAUGAAUGGAAUUUAAUCAUUGUAUGAAUUACCAUAGGGGGGAUGGUAAACGCACAAACCUUGCAGUUGGUCGUGCAGAAAUCGGCUUAAAAAUGCAUAUACCUCAACAUAGGUUAAUACGUCUCAUUGUUAUAUGUAUCGUUAAUUUGAAAAAACCAUGGCACCAAAAUUGUCUAAUUUCGUUUCUGCCAAUGAUGACUACUACCAUUCUCAACUGGCAUAGGAGGUAGUUAAAUUUAUUUAGCAUAAUUUGGUGUACUUUUUUUUCUGAAGACACUGCAUUGGUUUACAGCAAAACUUUUCAAUAUUCAUCUAUAUUAGUCAGUUAUUCUUUGACUAUGAUAUACCCAAAUCAGAUUCCUAGUUCCAAGGCUUUUAUUUAUGUUUUUAAAAAAUUUCUGACGCAGUCAAGUACGCUGAUGGUACUUUAAAGGCUUUGUGCUAUGAGAGUUGUCUAUUUUAUUUCUAAGCCGAAAUUUUUUGCAUUUCCUUGCAGUUUCUGCGAUUUGUCGUCGCUAUCCAAAUGCUAUUCAAGUGAAUGUAUUAGGUGUCCAUCAUGUAGAUGUGCUCGUGUUGGAGGCAAUGACUUCUCUUAGGUUGUCUUCUUCACUAUGGAUUUAUGGUCCUAACAUGUACAUUGAUGCAUCAGGCUUACAUAUUUUUUUGGCAUCCAGGAAACUUGAAUCUUUAACCUUGGGAAAAGGACAGCUACCAGAUGGAUUUUUUCAUGCGCUGACUGACUGCCCUGCGUUAAAAACUUUGCACAUUAGUGAUGCAUAUUUUGGUAGUGGCAUUCAAGAGCUGAUGAUUCAUCACGAUAAUCUGCAUGAUCUUCAAAUUGUAAAAUGUCGUGUUCUUCGUAUUUCCGUCAGGUGAGCUCCUGUUUCAUGAAGAUAAGUCGCUUUAGGUUGGUUACUUUUGCAGUAGUCUCAUGGGUUAUAUAAUCUCGCACGUGAAUUUGACAUUUUAACAUCGAUUUGCAGAUGCCCACUGUUGCAAACUUUGUCUCUAAAGCGAAGUAGCAUGGCACAUGUCUUGCUUAUUUCUCCCCAAUUACAUCUGUUAGAUAUUUCUUCUUGUCACAAACUCUCUGAUGCUGGAAUCCGUUCAGCUGCAACAUCAUGCCCCCUGCUGACUUCUUUGGAUAUGUCAUUUUGUGGAUGUGUUAGUGACGAGACAUUGCGUGAAAUAGCCUUUGCAUGCCCUAAUCUCCAGUAUUUAGAUGCGUCCUUUUGUCCAAACAUUUCACUUGAGGUGAACUUUCUUUUACAUGUCAACUUAGGUUGAUUAUAAUGGUUACUUUCAUUAGUGUGUAUAAGAUUAUCUGAUGACCCAUGUGUUUCUUUGAUAGUCUGUGAGACUGCCAAUGCUGACAGAUCUAAAGCUUCAUAACUGUGAAGGCAUUACCUCUGUUUCUGUUGCUGCAAUAUCUCAUUGUUACAUGCUCGAGGUUGGAGUCUCUGGCCUAGAUAUUUGCAGAUGGUUUUGUGAGCAUUGUUCUCUACUGACAUGAUUGUUUCAAAAUCCUUUCAGUCAUUGCAACUUGAUUGUUGUGCCCUUCUGACUUCAGUAUCUUUAGAUCUGCCACACUUGCAGAGUAUCAGUCUCAUACAUUGUCGCAAGUAAGUGCGUUUUACUGGUAAUUUCCUUUGGGAAGGAUUCUUGUUUAUAAGGUUAAUCUUCUGAAAAUGUGUAUGCAGGUUUGUUGAAUUGAACCUGCGCAGUCCCUUGCUUUCAUCCAUCACAGUGUCCAAUUGUCCUGUUCUUCAUCGCAUUAAUAUCAUGUCAACUGUACUUCAGGUGAGUAUAUAUUUCAUCGACACCUCAUGUUUCUUAUGGAAUCUUUUUGUAUUCUCUCAGUUGAUGAGGAAGCAUGUGAAUUUGAAGUUUUAUUUAUACAUUCUGGGGCCUGCAGAAAUUGGCUUUGCAAAAGCAGGAAAGUUUGGCAACAUUAUCACUGCAAUGCCGCAAUUUGCAAGAAGUUGAUCUCACUGAUUGUGAAUCUCUAAAUAAUUCCAUUUGUGAGGUUUUCAGUGACGGUGGUGGUUGCCCGAUGCUCAGAUCAUUGAUUCUAGAGAAUUGUGAGGUUUGUAAUCCCUGCUUAUUCUCAUUUUCUACAUGUUCAGUCACUAGUCUGAUUCCGUGAUUUGAACUUUUACUCCUUUUCCGAUUCCUUUUUGUUAUAAUGUUGAUGUAUCUUGGUUGAGCAUAACACCUCGAUUUGAUUGUCAGUUUACACUGAUAUUAUCGUUGAGAAUAUAGGUUCACUAGUUGCGUUCGAUUAAUUGUUUUUUAUAGUAUGUUUCAGAAUUCGUAUUUCUUUUCCCCUAAAUGUAUGAAUAGUGCAUACCGUGCAGAUGAUUGGAAAACAUCCACAAAAUCCACCGACAUUCUGUCUAGCACUGAGAUGGUGAUGCUGCCAUAACUGACUCCUGACCACGUUUGAUGUAAUUAGUGGCUUGAUGUUAGAUUUUGGUUCAUGUCCUGAGAUUCAGAGUAUGAUUUAAUGAGCCAUGUUUCCUAUCAUGAGAAGGCCAAUGGUAAACCCUUGUAGACCCUUGUACUUUGGAAAUCGGUGGCAUUUUCCUGGUAGUUUAUCUUUCUUGCAUUCCCUUGAGAUAUUGUCCCUUAAAUGUUAUAAAGUUUUGAUUUUGUCCUACUGAGGGCGUUGUUCUUACUCUUCAAUCUAUGACUUACACUAACGGUUGUGUAUUUGUUGCUGUAUUUUAUUUACAGAGUUUGACUUUGGUUAGAUUCAACAGUAGUUCCUUGGCCAGUCUCUCCCUCGUUGGUUGCCGCACUGUGACUCUUCUUGAGCUAUCUUGUCCAAAUCUUCAGAGAGUAAAUUUAGCUGGUUGUGAUCAUCUGGAAAGCGCUUCAUUUUGUCCUGUGAGUAAUGUUGACAGAUUUUAUUUCUUGAUGUGUGAUGUUAUUUUAUGUGUAUGUACCAUUUAUUUAUUUUCAUUCCUGUUUGACCAAGUUUGGGGUUGUAAUACAUAAAUGUUAUUUGGUGAGAUUUAUUUGCUUUUUCUUCGACAUGACAUCCUUUGUUUAAGAAUGUUUACUGUGGUGAGUUCACAAUCUGUUGCUCUCGAUGACAACCGUUCCGUCCCCUCCCCGGCAACACGUAAUUAUUUUUUAAAAAAUUGUUGCCCAUAAAAAAGGAUUACCUUUUUUAACUGUUUUAUUAAUAAUAAUAUAUUACUAUUCUAAAACUGGAAAUCAUAAUAGUAGCUAUUGUGGAUCUAUUAAAUACCAUCCAAAAUUCUUUGAUUUUAAAUUGGUAUAAAAUACCAUCUGUUUGUGUUGAUGAUUCAAUCAGUAGUCGGAUCGUUGUAUACCUUUAGAAGUCUAUGGACUUGCGAUUUUUUUAUCGUAUGCAAUUUUUUUAAGGCACCCAUUUCCAUAAUUAAGGUUUAACGUUUGUUUAAAGACUCUAAGCAAUUGACCACUUUUGUUUUACGACAUAUUUUUCAGUAUGCUCACAUCAUCUGGCAAGUGUUUUUAACAUAUCCUUAUCUUGUUAAAAUUGGCAUUUUGCCCUGAUGUUGCGUAGGCUUUUUUGGCUUAGGACGCAGACUGACAGUAGCGUUGCGUUGCGUAGGUUGGCCUUUGGUCUCUUAAUCUGGGGAUAUGUCCAAAGCUGACCAUACUCAAGAUUGAAGCUCCACAUAUGCGAGGACUGGAAUUAAAAGGCUGUGGCGUACUGUCCCAAGCAUCCAUCAAUUGUCCUAGGCUUUCAUCUUUAGAUGCUUCUUUCUGCAGGUAAACUGUCUCUAUCCUCUGACUUGUUCGUUCGUCGUGCCUUUUUACUUGCCCAAAGUCGGCUGACUGAUUUUCUGUCUACAGUCAAUUAAGGGAUGAAAGUUUGUCCACUACGGCCGCUUCAUGUUCAUUGAUUGAAACGCUGAUAUUGUCAUCCUGUACAUCCAUUGAAUCCGCGGCACUUUCUUCUUUGCACCGGCUUGGGCGACUGACGGUGCUUGAUUUAUCAUACACAUUCUUGACAAACUUGCAGCCUGUCUUUGAAACAUGUUCACAGCUGGAGGUGAGCAGCGAGUAUUUUAAUUCAAAUUCCUCUGUUACCUACUAAUCUGAUAUCUCCAAUAUGAUGUUUUUUCGCGAUUUUUUUUGUUGGUUUUUCUUUUGUGUCUGAAGAAACUGCGUUGUAGUGACCUUGAGCUCUCUCACUGGAUCAAGAAAAGGAAUCGGAAGGGGUGUCAGGGUUUGAGAGGUUUAACAAGAGAGUCCCACAGUUGGGUCAAAAUGUCUCAUUUUUAUUUCAUUAUGUUAUAUAUACCCUUUCAGUAACAAUAAUCUUAUAAAAAUCUUACAAUAAUGUAAGCUUACCUAUCUAAUUCUGAUCAGGGCUUGUGUCCUCCUAGACGGGCUAUAUAGACUCUGUGGUGAAAAACCCUAACCAGAUUCUGAUCACCAUGGCGUCAAUUCCUACGUCCUGCAUUGUCGUCUGUCUGUGUUGGAUUUUUCAUCAACAUCUUGGCGAAUGAUGAUCUUAUCUUUUCUCCUUCGCAUUAUUGCCCUCUGUUCUUCUUCAUGCUCGUGUAUUUAUAAAUUUAAAAAAAAAAAAAACUUACAUGGGGCCUCAACUGAUGUUGUUGGGUUGGUUUCUUCUGCAGACGUUAAAAUUGAUCGCAUGCAAGUGCCUCACUGAUUCCUCCUUGGAUGCGGUCUACAAGGAGAACGCUCUUCCCGUCCUCCGCGAGCUGGACUUGUCCUACUCUACGGCCGGGAAGUCUGCCAUUGAGAAGAUUCUCGCAACAUGCACCAAUCUCGUCAACGUGAACUUGAAUGGCUGUGUGAACAUGCACGACCUCGUCUGGGACUCGAAUGGAGGUGCGCUGAAGCUACUAAGCACCCGCGCCUCCUGGUUGACUCCUGCAUGCAGCAACGGUGAAUGCGAACAGCCCGGUCAUCUGAUCGAGAGUCUGAAUUGUGUCGGAUGCCGGAAUAUCAAGAGAGUUCUCAUCCCUCCAUCUUCGUGCUGUUUUCACCUGUCUCAUCUGAAUGUGAGAAUGGCGGCGAACCUGAAGGAGGUCUAUGUGGCAUGCCCAAAGCUAGAUUACUUGAAUCUGAGGUUAGCUUCUUCUUGACUUUUUUUUUUCUCUCUCAUACAUCUCUGUUUUACUGAUUUCCACCUGGGUUCUGUUUUCUUUCUUUUUUUUUCGCAUCACCAGCGACUGCAGUUCCUUGGAGAUACUGAUGCUUGACUGCCCGAGACUGUCCAUCCUAUACCUCACGGUAUCUACUCGAACUUAUAACUACGUUCACAUUAAAUGUGUAUCAUUGUUCUUCUGAAAACCAGUUACAUUGAUGGAAAUCCCAUUAAUGGAAAAGAAAUUGGCUGAAAGUUGGAUUAUAUUUCCUCCCCGGAGUUCUGACCCGUGAUUGGAAAAGGCUGCUUUUGGUGUGAUGUUCUUGUUGGUCAACUCUGUAGAUGGAUGUCUGGACGAGGGGCACCGUUGCUUAGUAAUUACUUGGUUGUUCUUCAGGUUUUGAGUUGCCGACACUGCUACACAAUACUAAUCCUCUGUUGCGCUGUCUCAUUAAUGGGUCUUCCUUUUGAUGAUCAUGAUAUCUCCAUGGUUCAUGUUAAAUAUCUCAUGGGUCUGAACUUUUUCUGAUGAUUUCUAUAACAGGCUUGCGCCAUGCUCACGGAAGAGGCUGUGGAAGCAGCAAUCGCCAACUGUGAGAUGCUGGAAACUCUCCACGUCAAUAAUUGCCCCAAGGUUGACUUUUUUGGGCUGUCUCAGCCGAUAAUCAUUUCUUCUGAUUUCGUUUUGAUGCCGAAUCCAUCUGGGUGAGACAAAUCUAGAUUACUAGAUUUAAGAUGAUUUUCUGAGCAUGAAAAUCAACCUGAGGAGCAGAGAAAACGUAAUAGAUAGAAUCAAUCAUGUUAUUAUAACACACAAGAGAAGCGGGCCCUGUUCGGGUGAUCUCUAAUGUCGGUCAGCUGUUCUUCGUGCAGAUCUACCCUGUCUACCUCCGGAACCUGCGGAGGGCGUGCCCCAGCUUGAAGCGGAUAUACGGAGUCUCCUGGUUUUGA